CUGCCCCUUUCUGAACAGACAUAAGAAGAAACGAAAGCAUCGUUUUUUUUCAUUCUGUUCCUGUUCCUGACACACGAUGGAUCUGCACAUCUCUGUUGUUCUUCUUCUCAUUUUUCUCACUGGAGGACACUCUCUCAAGUGUUACACAUGCAAGCCUGAUGACAUCGGUUCCUGUGAUGCCAAAGUGAAGACAUGUAGAAAAGGGCUUUCCAAAUGUGCAUACGCAACGUUAGAACAACCCAUUGGUUCCAAUACGUUAACUGCCACAAGUAAAGAGUGUGCAAGUACAUGUGAACCUGGAGUCCAUCAUCUCCCGACUGGAGUGACAGUAACUACCCAUUGCUGUGACACUGAUCUCUGCAAUGCAGCAGAUGGUGUGUAUAAGGGAAGCUUCCUCCUGCUGUUGUCUUCUCUGCUCUUCUACUUCCUGUUACAGUGAAUCAGAUUCAACAGCUGCAGCAGAAACUGAAUAUUACAUGUUUAUAUUCUUCAAUAAAUAAAUAAAGCUUGUCAUUAAUG